AUGAUCGGUCCGCUUGUCAGCACCCGCGAUCGCCUUUGUCACCAGUACGUCCCGCUGGUUUCGCCCCUGGACGAGGACAUAGUACAACAUGUGUCACUGACGCUACCGAGGAUGCAUCCAGGUGGUCUUCUUUCGCAUCAACAGACAGAAGAAUGUGUUCGUCAGAAUAAAUCAGUGUUCUGCUCAGGUGUGGAGAAGGAGCAGGCGAUUGUCGAUGGGACCGCGGAGACCAUGGGAACCCAGCACUCCUCUCCAGGCAGCAUGGUCUGGGCCGACGCGGGCGUUGAAAUCACCAAGGACAAUUGA